GGCGGGGGCAAGCGGCGACCGGGCGGCGCGGACCGGGCAGCCCCGCGGGCACCUCGGUGGCCUGGUGGGCGCCCUGUCCCAGCGCGUCCAGGCGGGGGUGGCAUUGCUGGGGUGGGGGGCACAAGCAGAGGGCCAAGGCGCCGCGGGGCCUGCGCCCCCCCAGGCUGCGGGGCAGCGAGCGGGUGCGCUGGGGCUGGGGGCGGGCGCGAAGCCCGGGCAGCGAGCAGGGGGUGCGCGCCGCGGCCCCGCCCCUCGGCCCCGCUCCGCCCCGCGGUCUAUAAGAGCGGCGGGCGUGGCGGGUGUGCGUGUUCGGGUCCCGGUCCCGACGGGGCGGCCAUGGCGGCGCGGCGCUGCCUCCUACUGCUGCUGUGCGGCGCCGCGCUGGGCCCCGCCGUCCGCCUCGACCUGGCCGAGCACCGCAACCAGGUGGCCAAGAUCAAGGUCAACCCCCGCGGCAGCCUCUGGGCCACAGGUCACUUCAUGGGGAAGAAGAGCGUCACGGGCUCCCCGCACCUGGAGUCGCCGGUGGAGCCUGCAGUGCCAUUGGCCUUCGGUCCUUCUCUCAGAGCUUUGCUGGAGGACGUGAUGGAACUGCUUACCCGUGAGCUCCUGAAAAUCCUCCUGCAGGAGAGACUUUUGGAUGAGAACCAAGGAAAAUAUGACCUCACUGAACAGGAGACGGGGCUUUUAACAAAGGUGCUGGAGAAGUAUUUUUCAAACUGAAGCAGCACAGCCAUGGAGGAUGAGGUCUGCCGGCUCAGCCAUGCACAGUGAACGGAGGAGAGCAUAGUCUUUGUGGGUUACUGUAGUGACAUCACUUUUAUUUAUUCUUUCUGUAAUAUUGUUAAUAGUAAUUGCUUGUAUGAAAACCAGAGCCUCCUUAUAUAUUUCCUGUAUGUUUUCUGCUUUCUUGAUGUCUGAUGUGCCCCUGUGAGUAAAACUGGCUCUUUGCACAGACUA